GGAGUGACCCUAAAUUUGCUGCAUGUGGCCUUUUGUUACUUGACGCUAUCUAAGUCAAUGCUACUCACGCUACAUGAGAACGGCCAGCUGCAGAUGUGGCUUUGAUCAACGGACUGAGGGCAGAUGACCUUGAGCGAAGUUAAACUUGGCUUAUGUCCUGCUACGAUAUCGAAAUAUGUGGUCCGCGAAUGGGGUCUCGCCUUUGCACGCGAAGCGAUGCUUUCAGCACGCCCCGUCGGUCCCUUGGAGCUCAAGGCCUUGGGGGUGAUAUCGCAGAUUGUGGAAAAGGAUCUCGAUGGGGAUGGACUUUCCCGAGCUUUGGAUCUAUAUCUCGCCAAGAUAAAAGUCGCGGCACCGAAGGCCUCGAGCAUGUGCAAAGAGCUCGUCCGCCUCGAGUGGAAAGAAGCUGGAUCACCGAAGCAGGCUUCUGGUAUCAAGGCGUUGUUUGACGAGAUGAUGAAAGCGGAUGGCGAAGCGGCCCUUGGACUGCAGCAGUUUCAGUCAGGGGUAAAAUCGCCACGAUGGGACGAGCUGCUACUGUCAAAUCCAAUUAGAGCAAAGCUUUGAGACAAUAGCGCAUGAAAGAGCGUGGGUAGGAAGCAAGCAAGAAAAAUCGAUUACCUGCAUCCUGCAUUUACACUGUCUCAAGUUCCAAUGUUUGAAUUGUGCG